GGAAGAGAAGCGCGAGUCUUUCCCAGCCAUCUUGUGGCAACUAGCAGCGAAGUGCUCGCCCAAGCCCCGUAGAAUCGGAGGAGAAUCCUGCUGAAAGGGCGCCAUCAUGCCCGGCCAUCUGCAAGAAACGUUCGGCUGCGUCGUAACCAAUCGGUUCGACCAGCUAUUGGAUGACGAAGAGGAUCCGUUUGAGCUGUUAAAGCAGGCAGAAAAUAAGAAGAAGGACCCGGCCGUUCCCGGUGCCGCCAAGACCGCCGCACAGGCUACAAAACAGGCCAAAAAGGAGUCACAGAAAGACAGAAAAAUCGCACAAACCGAGAAGAAAGAAGAGACGCCAGCUCCCGUCCCUCUCAAGAAAGAAGGUAUGAGAAAAAUGGGCCGCAGGCCGGAACAGCCGGGUCAAACAGGGUCCCAACAGCAGGGGGGUCAGGGGGAGGCUCGUCCCCCAGCAGAAAGGCGGCCUGACAGGAGGCCACCACGUGAGCGACGCUUUGACAAACCUGCUGAUGACAAACCUGCUGAGGGUGGAGAAUUUUCUGUAGAGAACAGGGGUGCCGGUGGUGAACGGCCGUUCCGAGGUCGUGGAGGUGCCAGAGGAGGGCGUGGAGGCCGGGGCAGAGGUAUCGGCAGGAAUGACGGCUUUGACUCGCGUGGCAAACGCGAGUUUGACAGACACAGCGGCAGCGACCGGUCCAGCCUAAAACCAGAAGAAAAGCGUGGAGGGAGCGGAUCUCAUAACUGGGGCACUGUUAAGGAUGAGUUGAGUGAGCUUGACCAAUCAAAUGUCACCGAGGAUAACCCUGAGGGAGAGGAGCACCCACCUGCUGAUUCGGAGAACAAGGAAAAUGAAGCUGAGGAGGUUAAAGAGGAAGGUGCUAAGGAGAUGACUUUGGAUGAAUGGAAAGCCCAGCAGGACAAAGAGAGAGCCAAGGUGGAAUUCAACAUCCGCAAGGCCAAUGAAGGAGCCGACUGGAAUAAAGGAUACGUUCUGCAUAAAUCUAAGGCUGAUGAUCCGUCUGCUAUCGAUGAAUCUGGGGAUCACCACUUCCGCAAGCCUGCUAAUGACAUCACAUCUCAGCUGGAGAUUAACUUUGGUGACCUUGGCCGCCCAGGGCGUGGACGUGGAGGGCCACGAGGUGGCAGAGGAAGUCGCGGCGGGGCCAGUGCUCCUAGACCACCUCGUGAACGCAGGCCAGACAAGGCAAGUGGAGUAUCUGUCCCUAAUGUGGAUGACCCAGAGGCUUUUCCAGCCCUGGCUUAAGCUGCUCCGGUGGUGCUUAAUUCACCCAGGAGGGUCGCUCCUCCCUGGGUCCUUGUCUACGAGGCUUGCAUGUUAACGGAUCCUUCAGCAGAUGAAAUGAUGGAAGACUGUCAUCCAUGCCAUUUAUCCUUAAGGACUGAAUUUUACCAUUUUAGAAAAAAGGUGGAAACAUUUAAAAAAUAAAAAAAAAUGAAAAGAAAGGACUUCUUGCUAUUCCGAAGCAAAUUAUUGGUUGAGGUUUUGUAUUUAGAAACAAGGUAGCAGGGAUGUUUUCAUACAGUGUUUCUUUAGUUGUUUUACUUUUAUUUUCAGAAUUUGCGCAUUGUUAAUGGAUACUUUUUGUACUGCUGCUUGAAAAUAUGCAUUUCCAAAAAUAAGUGUGAAAAGCCCACCGGGUUAUUUUAUGGUGUCCCUAAGCUUGCUUGCUUUUUACACACAUGCCUCAACAAAAGGCAGCCCAUUUCAGGAAUUGUUAACAAGAGCAUACAAUCUAUCAGUUAAUUUCAUUACAUCACUAAGAAAGAUUAACAGCAGUUUUGUUCUGAUCAUAAUGGGAUUGAAGACCACCGUUUCCCUGAAAGCAUGCCUUUAAGCAGCAUCGAAUUGGAUUGUAAAAUUUAUGAUUCAUACUAUAAUGCUAAGGUUUUGAUGCAUUCAGUUGCACUUGCCACAAAACAUGUUUUUUUUUCAAAUGACCACUUUAAAGUUUAAUAUGCCAUCUUUUGACAUCAUUGACUCUGGAAACUCAGGAUAGGACACAUUAAAUUAGCAUAUCAACAAGCAAGUUUACACAUCGCACUCCUGUUUACUUAAAUAAAUGUGAGCCAGGUUAUAAAUAAAUUCUGUCAUUUUCUUUUUACCCUUGCUUAUUAUGGUAGCACUACUGCUGUUUUGAUUGAAAGAAACACCUUCUUGUUCAGUUUGAUUAACUGAGUGCUAUGGUAAUGUGUGAAUUCCAACCCUGCUAUUAGACCUCGGUCAAUAAUUAAAAGAUGGUCGAUUCAUACCAA